AUUCGAAUUUGAACAAUGGACGAUGAUGAGUUUUUGGCUGAAUUGAAAAAACGAUUAAGCGAACAAGAGGCGAAAGAUCAAUCGAAAAAUGUUUUCGAAUCGAAUAUCGAGUUAUUGAAUAUAGAAUUGAAAAAUAUGGUUGAAAAUGAACCAGCUCGUGAAAAAUUACUUGAAAUUGUUGAUUGUCAAAAAGUUUUGGAUUUCGGACAAGUAUUUAAUAUCGAUGAAUUCAUCGAACAACGUUUUGAAUAUUUUGGAUCUGGUACAUUUGGCAAAGCCAUUCUUAUGUAUCGUGGACGACGUUAUACCGAAAAAAUGAUUAAAACCAUAAGAUGUUUGCCAGAAAAAUUAGCCGCAAACAUCUAUUCAUCGGCAAUGAGUUAUGGUGAUAUCUAUAAAGAGGCUUUAUGCAUAAAAAUUUUAUCCAAACUUUCUUCCGGUAUAACAAUUAACGAAAAUCAAUCACUCGUGGAAAGUGAUCAUGAAUAUGGCGAUGUUUCAAAUUUGAUUGUACGGCAAGGGCAAUCUGAUUCAAAUGAUACAAGUGAUAGUGAUGAUGAGGAUCAACCAGAACCACUUGUUGAAUCGAGACGUCCACGGAAACGAUAUCGUUUUCAAACAAAGUGUUUCCCAUUUCUAUACAAAAUAUAUCUUUGCAAUAAUGAAGCUAAAUCAUUGAUUAAUUUCGAAUCAAUCAUGCCAUCUUCGGAUACGAAUCGUCUUCCAAUGAAUAAUGUUCUAGAAACCAUUAUUAUCAUUAUGGAACAUUGUGGUGAAAAACUUCGUGAACUAAUGGAUCGAACAAUAAUCACACCAUUAGCGUUGAUAUCGAUAUUCAAACAGAUCGUUAUUGGUAUAGCUAUUGUUGAAAGUAUCUAUAAUUUUGAACAUCGUGAUCUUCAUAUCGAUAAUAUUAUAUGUAAAGAAACUAAAUCACGUUGGAUCAAAUUUGUUUAUAUGUCAAAGAAAUAUAAAGUUCUUUCGAUGGGUUUUGAAGCAAAAAUUAUCGAUUUCGGCUAUUCACGAUUCAAUUAUUGUGGCAAAAUUUAUUACAAAAAUCUUGAUCAACUUGAUUGUGAUGACUCGGAUUCGGAUGAUCCAUAUAACGCAAUGAGUAAAUUAUUCAAACCAAAUGGUGGCGGUGGUGGUGGUGGUGGUGGUAGUAGUAGAUGGUCUAAUUAUUCAAAUCAAUCAAAUUUUGUAUGGAUUAAAGAUUUCGUUAAAAAGUUAUUGGAAUAUAUCGAUAUUUGUUACCGAGAUAAUCCACAAACAGCAGUAGAAAUACGAGAAGAGGGACCAUCUAUAUCUGUUUGGUAUCGAAUUCUAGACAGACGUUUUGGACCCAAACAAUUAUUAUUGAAACCAUGGCAAAAAGUGAUGAUCGAUCAAGCUACAUUCAAUCCUUCUAUUCAUUUAAUGGCCAUCAUUGUAUUGGGCUUGAUGAGUCAAGAAUCAUUCAAAGCAAUUAAGACAAAUAUUCAUGAUAAUUAUGUGGAUAUCAUGAAAAAUAGUUACAAAGUUUGGCCUGCCGUACAGAUGGUUAAUUUCUAUCUGAUUCCAUUAAAUUACCGGUAA